AUGGCCCCCAACAACCUGCCGUCCGUCUUCAACGCCACCAGCCAGGACAUUGAGAUGCUCCUGGCUGCCCAGUCUCACCUGGGUAGCAAGAACUUGCAGGUGCACAUGGAGCCGUACCUGUGGAAGACCCGUGUCGAUGGUGUCAACGUCCUGAACGUCGGCAAGACCUGGGAGAAGAUUGUCCUCGCCGCCCGCAUCAUCGUCGGCAUCGACAACCCCGCCGACAUCUGCGUCGUCUCCGCGCGUCCCUACGGCCAGCGCGCCGUGCUCAAGUUCGCCGCGCACACCGGCGCCACCCCCAUUGCCGGCCGCUUCACCCCCGGUAGCUUCACCAACUACAUCACCCGCUCGUUCAAGGAGCCGCGCCUCAUCAUCGUGACGGACCCGCGCACCGACGCCCAGGCCAUCAAGGAGGCCUCGUACGUCAACAUCCCCGUCAUCGCCCUCUGCGACACCGACUCCCCCACCGAGUACGUCGACGUCGCCAUCCCCACCAACAACAAGGGUCGCCACGCCAUCGGCACUGUCUGGUGGCUGCUCGCCCGCGAGGUCCUGCGCCUCCGCGGCACCAUCUACUCCCGCGAGACCCCCUGGGACGUCAUGCCCGAUCUGUACUUCUACCGCGACCCUGAGGCCGAGGCCGAGGACAAGGCUGAGGAGGAGAAGACCGCCGAGGAGGAGGGCCCCGCUGCCAUCGAGUCCGGCUUCCAGGCCGCCCCUGGUGACUGGGACGCUUCCGGCGCCGCUGCCGGCUUCUCUGGCGCUCCCGGUGCCGCUGGUGCCGGCUGGGACGGUGCCGGCGCUGCCGGUGAGGAGUGGGGUGCCCCCGGCGCUUCCACCGAGUGGGCUGCCGACGCCGCCAAGGACUCCCAGUGGUAG